AAUCCGGUAUUAAAUUUAAGCAUUCAUUUUGCUUUCACAAUCGCUUAAAUUAAUGUUACUUUGUGAUGUAUUUAAGACAUUGAACAGAAGAGAGAAAAGUGUUGUUUUUGGUGAAAUGAAAUUGUUAAAAGUCACUUUCUCAACAUUCCUUCUUCUUCUCCAUAUUUUUCAUCCAGCCAUGGCGGCUGGCGGUGAGAAAGCGCGCCAAAAAUGUUUAGAGUAUUCAAAGUUUGUCUUUGUGAAUGAAGUCAGUCCCGUACUAUCAGCAACAGCACUCCAAUCAAACAGAGUCUCAAAAUGUGGCAUUGUUGAAACGCCGCUGAUUGUAGGAGGUCAACGAGUUAAUGAAAACGAAUUUCCACAUAUGGCUGCCAUCGGCUAUCCUUCCAAUGACUUCAGCAAAGCGUAUGCGUUCAAAUGCGGUGGUACGGUAAUCAGUGAACAGUUUAUUUUGACAGCGGCUCAUUGUGCUUAUGAUCGAGAGAGUGGAGGCCCUGUCGUUGUCAAGCUGGGAGUCAUUUAUAUUGAUGAUAACAGGUCGAAUGCACAAAUUAUUAAUAUUGCUUCGUUCAUCUCGCAUCCGUUGUACAAGAGCAGUGAAAAAUAUUACGACAUCGCUUUGAUCAGAUUGAAGUCAUUUAUUAGAUUUGAUGAACAUGUUAGGCCUGCCUGUCUCUCUACGAGAUUUGAGACAUGGCAUAAAAUGAUUGCCAUCGGUUUCGGCAAAACCAACUAUGUGGAAGACUUCGGAAGCUUAAAUUUGAACAAAGUCCUAUUGAGUAAUGUCGAUCAAAACACUUGCAAACGCACUUACCAGACUUUUAAGCAGCUUAAAAAUGGAAUAAUUGAUUCGCAAUUUUGUGCUGGCGAAGAAGAAGGAAACAAGGAUACAUGUCUGGUUGUGCUGAGAGAGCCUUAUUGUAUGUAUAACAUUGUCGGAAUCACGUCGUUUGGAAAGUUUUGCGGAUUUGCAAGCUCAUAUGGAGUGUACACGAAUGUUACGAGUUUCAUAGACUUUAUCGAAAGCAAUGUGUGGCCUUAGAUAUUUGCCGUUUUUAUCCGUUUACGUUUUGAAUUCGAUGUCAAUAUUAGAGAUGGUUAAGAAAUACAGAUUGAUAUUGAAA